GAAGGAGACAACCCCGAAUCUGAGACCUUCGAGGAUGAUGAGGAUGAAGAAGCUAUCCUCGAUGAUGAUGUUAUGAACCAUGCCAAGGGUAUUCCCGACUUACGCAAGCUUUACAUACGUAUCCAAGAAAGUGUAAGAGUUCUAGCCAACUGGCGUGCACUUGGUAGCAAGGCUGGUGGUAAAAGUAGGAUAGAUCUAGUUACCCAGACAUGUUCAGACAUUUGCGAGUACUUUGGAUACAACGAAUUCCUUGCCUCAACGCUCUGGGAGUUGUUUGGACCAGAAGAGGCGUUAGCUUUUUUCGAAGCGAACGAAACUGCAAGGCCUGUUACAAUUCGGACCAACACCUUGCGAACAAACCGUCGAGACUUGGCUCAGUGUCUGAUCAACCGAGGUGUCAACCUAGAACCCAUUGGAAAAUGGUCCAAAGUAGGACUUCAAGUUUUCGAAUCAUCGGUACCUAUCGGUGCUACCCCCGAAUAUCUCGCUGGACAGUAUAUGUUACAAGCCGCAUCUUCCUUCUUACCCGUCAUCGCACUCGCUCCUCAACCCAACGAGCGAUGUCUUGACAUGAGUGCCGCACCAGGUGGAAAGACUACAUUCAUGUCUGCAAUGAUGCAAAACACUGGAGUCCUCUUCGCCAACGAUGCUUCAAAAAACCGUUGUAAGAGUUUGAUGGCCAAUGUGACCCGGCUAGGAUGUCAUAAUGUGGUGAUCUGCAAUCAUGAUGCGCGAGAGUUUCCUAAGGUUAUGGGCGGAUUCGAUCGGGUCCUAUUAGAUGCACCGUGCAGUGGUACAGGAGUGAUAAGUAAAGAUGCGAGUGUGAAAGUUAACAAGUCAGAAAAGGACCUUCUUUUACUCUCACAUCUUCAGAAACAGCUCAUUCUCUGUGCAAUUGACUCGGUCUCUCCUCAUUCGGUCAAGGGAGGUUUCUUGGUCUAUUCAACUUGUUCUGUCACCACUGAGGAAAAUGAGAGUGUGGUUGAUUACGCACUGAGGAAACGACCGAAUGUGAAAUUGGUGGAGAGUGGAUUGACUUUUGGAAGAGAAGGGUUUACAAAUUUCCGAGGAAAGACGUUUCAUCCUAGUCUCAAACUCACUCGAAGAUUCUAUCCACAUGUCCACAAUGUCGAUGGAUUCUUUGUCGCCAAACUGCGUGUAUUCCCAAAGAUCAAACCAGCUAAAACUACGCCGGGUGACUUGGAAGAAGGGGACGCGGAGGAUGGAGAUGAACCUACCCCUGCUCAAUCGACCUCGAUCGCCUUUGACGAUGAAGACGAUAAAGAAAUCAUAGCUGCCGCCAAACGUUCUCAACUCAAAGCCAGAGGUAUCAAACCUUUACCAGCACAUGACGGGAAGAAAGAGAAGCGAAAAGCCAGUGAAGUGGAUGAGGAAGCCGAAGCCGAGCCACCAAAAGAUGCUAAGAAACCUAAAUCUCAGCCUAAAGGAUCUAUCUCUAAGAACCCUCGAAAGAAAUAAACUAUUGAGCUUGUUUUCUUCCCAUUGUACUAUAAGACGAUCAGUCUACCAUACGUAUUUUCCGAACUUUGAGGUGGAACUUUCUCAUUGUGUGCUUUUAUGCAAUUAGUAAUAGUGAUCAAUUGCAU